AUGCCGCGCAACCACUUCCCCGGGCUCGUCGGCAAGUCGGACGUCGGCAAGUCCAGCAUUAUGAAAUGGUCCAGCGGAGGUUAUCGACAUUUAUUCCGCGACAAAAUAGCGAUCGUGUCACAGGACACCGCGCUCUUCGAUGUCAGCGUGCGGUUCAACGUGAGCCUAGGCGCCUCGCCGGGCCACGACGUCAUCGUCUCCAUCCCUGACGGCUACGACACCGAGUGA